GUGGUGGUGGUGGUGGUGGCGAGGGCUGCUACGUCGGCAGGGGCCUGAAGUUACCCGAAUAAAUGCCGCGUUCGCAUUAAUUAGAGAGAGAGACGUCUCGCAAAACAUUAACUCUGGGCGAUUAAAGGAAGACGUGGCAGUGCCACGUCGGGCCCUCCCCACCCCGUUGACAAAAUGCGACCUUUAAGGAAUUGCAAUACAGUGGAUGAUGCUGCUACUGUCGACACCACCAACAUUAAUAACCCUCGCUGUUACCACCGUCGCCGCUGCCGUCUUCAUCGGAACGACUACCGUCGUCUUCAAUGCAAUCCCCACCACCGCUUUCCCAUCGUCACUGAUGCCACCGCAAUCAUAAUCAGAAUUACAGUGGUACUGUAAUCACCGUCUUCAGGACAGUCACCACCCGCACCGCCACCCACCUUUACCGUCGUAGUACCUCCACCAUCAAUCAGAACUACAUACAGUACCACCAUCUUCAGAACAAAUCGCCACCACUGUUACCAUCUUCACUGACACCCAUACACAGCAUCAUCACCAUCUUAAUGACAAUCAUUGUUGUCUUCAUAACCACUGCCAUCUUCAAAAGAAUCGCAGCCGUUACCGGAAUCGUCACUACUAUCGCACAUAAUUACUGCUGCUACAAUUACCAACACCAUCGGCAUCAUCUGCACAGUAAUCGACCGCAUUCUUUACUACCACUGUCAUCAGCUACACCACCAGUCCAGUUAGAACAGCUCUUGAUACAAUCAGCACCACCAGCACCAGAAUCAUGACCCACGACCAUCACCUGCAGUGUUAGCACCACCACCAUCAAUGCCGCCGCCACCACCACAUUUAGCACCACCAUAUAUUCCACAAUCACCAAGUUCAACACAUUCACCACAACCGCCACAAUCAUCGUCGUCAUCUUUACCAUUACAGCACAGCCAUCUCCCCAACUUAACCAACCAUCAUUGCCACCGACACGACAACCCGGCAGGGAUAGGCGUCACUACCAAACAACUACAUUCACGCCAAUUUUUAGAAGGCUGAGCCGCCACGUCUUUUUUAACUCGACAUCGACAUCAUCAUCAUCGUCGUCGAGUCCCUGCUGGCCAGCUCCUCCUCCUACAGACGCCGUGACCUGGCCAGGCCGAGAAGAAGCAAAGUGGUCAAGAGAGCAGCAGCAGCAGUAGUUGCUGCCAGUCAGGGAGAGCCCAACUUUAUUGUCUUUAACUAUCAUCACCAACAUCACUAACAUCGUCAUCGACACCCUCCACCACCACCACGGCACUCGUCGUUUGUCAUCGUUAUAGGCACAGUUCUUCCCUCUGUGCGCUGCGUGUCGCCGCCGCCGCCGCCGCAUUGCUGUUUGAAGAGUAAAUGUUAAAUUCUUGUUAAAGGAUUAUAGAGGAGGAGGAGGAGGUUGGUGGUGGUGGGGGGGGCAAGCGGGCGGCUCCGCUACAGUCGAGCGACGGAAUUUUGUCAAAAGAGAGCAAAUGGCACAAUGGAAGAGCUGCAUAGCCUGGACCCCCGACGGCAGGAGCUGCUGGAAGCCAGGUUUAUGGGAGGAGCGUUUAAGACUCCACCAUCAAACAGUGAAGCAUCCAACCAAAGCAUUGGGAGUCAUGGAUCCCUUAGUGACAAAGAGACUGAGCAAACUCCUGAAAAGAAGGCAACAGAUAUCAGAGUGCGGAAACGUAAAGCAGAUGGCCAGGUUGAUCCCAGCCAAAUUAAAGGCUGCUCUAAAGGACCCAAAAUUAGUGACUAUUUUGAGUUUGCUGCCGGAAUAGUGCCCGGCAUCAGCCCAACAUGGGGUGCGAUUCCUUUACCUAGGACACCCUCCCAGCUUUCCAUCUCACAGCCAUCAUUUAUGACCCAAGGCAGUCCACCUUCAGCUGGCGCUUUGGGCACAGAUCAUUCCCCUGUAAAGCAUGGGCACUCUCCGGUCACGAUGGUACACAAAAACAACCAGACUGAAAUCACCUUGGAGAAGAUAAAGAUGUUGGAAAAUAACCAGAGCUCAGAUUUGGAAAAAAAGGAGGGGAGAAUCGAUGACCUGCUCAGGGCAAACUGUGACUUGAGGCGGCAGAUCGAAGAGCAACAGAAGCUGCUUGAAAAGUUCAAGGAGAGACUCAACAAAUGUGUGACUAUGAGCAAGAAACUGCUGGUUGAAAAAUCUGAGCAGGAGAAGCAAGCAUGCAGGGAGAAAAGCAUGCAGGACCGACUGAGGCUUGGCCACUUUGUCACCGUCCGACAUGGGGCCACCUUCACCGAGCAGUGGACAGACGGCUCGGCCUUCCAGAACCUCAUCAAGCAACAAGAGUGGGUGAACCAGCAGCGGGAAGACAUUGAACGGCAGCGGAAGUUGCUGGCCAAGCGAAAACCGCCGAUGGCUGCCCACAUGACCAGCCCAGCUUCUGCUGCGGAACAGAAGCAGCGCAAGAACAAGGCAGUCAAUGGUGCCGACGACAACUUCGUAAAGCCAAGUGUACCACCGACGUUAACGGUAGCUGAGUACCAUGAGCAAGAAGAAAUUUUAAAGCUCAGAUUAGGACAUCUUAAAAAGGAGGAGGCUGAGAUCCAGGCAGAGCUAGAAAGGCUGGAACGUACGAGGAACCUGCACAUCCGUGAGCUCAAGCGGAUUCACAAUGAGGACAACUCGCAGUUUAAAGAUCACCCAACGUUGAAUGACAGAUACCUCCUGCUUCAUCUAUUGGGGAGGGGAGGGUUCAGUGAAGUGUACAAAGUAAGUACCUUUAAUUCUAAUGGAUUUUUGCAACAGUUAAAUGUGUUAAAAUGGAAAGAGCCAAUAUUAUUUGUUUUUAAUUGCCAGGCUUUUGACUUGCAAGAACAGAGGUAUGUGGCUGUGAAGAUCCACCAGCUUAACAAAAACUGGAGAGAUGAGAAAAAGGAGAACUACCACAAGCACGCGUGUCGAGAGUACAGAAUACACAAGGAACUGGAUCAUCCACGAAUAGUAAAGCUCUACGAUUACUUCUCUCUCGACACCGAUUCGUUUUGUACAGUGCUGGAAUACAUCCAUGGGAAUGACCUGGACUUCUACUUGAAGCAGCACAAGCUGAUGUCGGAGAAAGAGGCACGCUCAAUCAUUAUGCAGAUCGUGAGUGCUCUCAAGUACCUGAACGAGAUCAAGCCACCCAUCAUACACUACGACCUCAAGCCAGGCAACAUCCUGCUGGUGGAUGGAAAAUCUUGUGGUGAAAUAAAGAUCACCGACUUUGGGCUAUCCAAGAUCAUGGACGAUGAAAACUACAAUGCUGUGGAUGGCAUGGAUCUGACAUCUCAGGGGGCAGGAACCUACUGGUACUUGCCUCCAGAAUGUUUUGUAGUUGGGAAGGAGCCACCAAAGAUCUCAAAUAAGGUGGAUGUGUGGUCUGUUGGCGUCAUCUUCUACCAGUGCCUUUAUGGGCGAAAGCCUUUUGGGCACAACCAGUCUCAACAAGACAUCCUUCAGGAGAAAACCAUCCUGAGAGCUACAGAGGUGCAGUUUCCCGUCAAGCCCGUCGCCUCAAAUGAGGCCAAGGCAUUCAUUCGUCGCUGCCUGGCCUACCGCAAGGAGGACCGCAUCCACGUACAGCAGCUGGCCAGCGAUUUGUACCUCAUGCCUCACAUCCGCAAGUCUCCUGCGAACACCAAUACACAUACGCCCAACUCCUCUGCCUCUGCUACCGCGUCAUCCAACAGCAACUCCAACUAGUCAGCUUGGUGGCACACACUGCCCACAGCAACGGGGUCGGGGGGGAGGGUCUGUGCUCUACGGAGACCCGAAGCUUGAUGGAUUCAGAGGCUGUGGGCAUGAGAAAUAACAUCUCCGUUAACUUCUUAGAGGAGCGGUGAUGCUGCGGAGGUGGACACUGACCCUACAAUGUGUUUUUGGGCAUUGUUUAGCCUGGUGUCCAGGCCACACACUUUUUAGGGCUGGGAGUCGUCGAAACCCGAAGUUCAGCCAUAAUGCCUCACCGUCUCCUGAACUGUUAUAGAGAAAAGGGAGAUGCUCAAGUGCUUUGGCGCCUGAGUUAAGGUUUACUUCACGGUGUGAAAAAAACUUACAAAGCUGCCAUUCGUCUUUCGCUACCUGUCAUCCAUUUUUGAAACUGAUCUGGGGAAGACUUGAAGCUUUACUGAGAGGAUAAGUUCUUGUGUACAUACAUGUAUAAAUUUUAGAACGAUGAAGGUCUUUGUUGGAAAGUUGAUGGGCCGUGCAAGUUCGUGAGUGUUUGUUGAGCGAUGUGAAAUAUAAAGUUAGAGGUCGUUGAAUAAUGUUGCACAUGCAUGACUGAUUUUUUUUGGUGCAAAAAAUGUAGUUUACUUAUCUCUGUAAUGAACAUUUAAAUUUUAAAAAAGAAUCUAAUAUGACUACCACUGGCAUUGGUUAAGUGAGUUGAAGUGCAGAAUUAAAAUUAUUUUUAAAAAAUACUUGAAAAGUUCAGUGAAGUUGCCCUUGUGUGGGAGUGUGAUUAGGGAUUGUGUAAUUGUUAAAAAAAAUUGAAAUUGUUAUACAUGUACAUAAUCCAAUGCUUUUAGUCUGUAAAGAUGAUGCCACCAUCUCUUUUUUUACUUAUGCAGUGUAUGAAUGACCCCUGGGUGCUGAGCACUUUAUACUCCAUAUAACCUUAACUUUGGUUUAUGCAGAUCGGUUAUUGUAUGGCAUAGCAUUUUACACAAGAAGUUAUUUAACAACCUAUUAGAAUGGACAAUUUAUCAUUUUCAUGAGUGCCAUUCCUAUAUCAUUUAAUAAAUAAAAUGCGACAAUAUUAAGUACUGUUACAUGACCAUUACAUUUCUGUAGGGUGCUUAAAAACCUCAGUUAAGGUAGGAGUAUUGAGUUGAGUGAUGUGAAGUGCAUGUGGGGUGAAUUGCGUGGCUUUUUAUAAUAGUCUACUACCAACAAUGCCCUAGUCUACAGUCUCUUCAGUCAAUUCAAGUUGAAAUAAAGAUUUACUGCAAAGAAAUUAAAAUGGCAGAGCUUGGCUCUUUAGUGUGUGCUGUGUGGAUUCCGAUGUGUGUAGUAUUGAGGUGUGGUUACAAUUGAUGAGUUGCCCACUUUCAAACAAUGUUUUCUGUUCAAAGUGUAAGCUGUCUCCUUAAACACAACUAUUCACAGUAAGCAUAGAACACUAAUCAAUGUAGGGUCUUGUGUAUUGUGUAAAAUGUGCAAAUGAAAAAAAUGGUUUACAUAAAGUAUAAUGAUAAAGCAUCAUGCAGGACAGUAUUUUAGUUGUAGAGAUAUUUUUUAUAUUGUUACUAAUUCUCCACAACGACACUGAUUGUUUUGUUAUAUUCACAUCAGAGGGGUUGCUUGGGUUAUUAAAAAAAUACGUUUCGGUUCAAUGGUUCAUCUAUUGCAUUGGAGACUUGUUAUCAUACAAAUUAUGUCUGCUAUGUUGCUUUGGUUCCUUGGCAAUGUGAAGUAAAAAUAUAUUUGUAGCCUUCAACCCCCUGUUGUAUUCCUACUUUUAGAUUACAGUGUAAAAGUAUCAUGAUCAUCAAUGAUUCGCUUUUUGUAUGUUGUCAUGCGACAAAAUUGAGACAUUCCAGCAACUAAAAAGAAACGAUUACUAACUCAAAUCUCCAGGGUUAAAUAAGUGUCCACCUUGUCAUGAACGGCACGGAUUCAUGUUAAAUGAUGAAUUAUUUGCAUCUAAAUUGGGAAACGCUUUGUGGUAACUGAAUGUUCAUUCAUAUGCAGUUCUGUAGUGCUAAAGUACUUUUUUUGUGGGUCGGAGCUCAAAACGAGUACAAUAGUGGUCAUCUGUUCUUGCACAGAUAGCUGGUGGCAUCAUUCACUUAAAGCAGUGGUUCUUAACCUGGGAUGCACACACCUUCUAGGGGUAUGAGUUGCCCUUUCAGGGGGUGCCAGACAUGCCAGAUUUCUUUAGAAGGUAAAUCAUCAAAACAAAUUCGGCAUGGGCACGUAUGUACAGCUACUUUCGUUUCAUUAAACAUGUAUUAUACAAGUUUUAACGUGUGAGAGAACCAAAGAGGUGCAAGGCUGCAGUAAAGGUUAAGAACCACUGGAUUAAAGGAUCAAUCUAGGAGUAAAGUUCCACCAGUAAUAAAUCUGAUAAGCACGUGCUUGCAUUCCUGUCAACAUUUUUAAGACGUUACUCUACUUAAGAUUGCUUCCCCAUUGACUUAAAUUCCAUUAAUACGCGCCGUUGGACCAUCAUGUUUGUUCAUUUUCAUAAUCGGCACUUAACGUUCACCCAAAAGCUCUCCUACAAUUGUUUCAUUUGUGCGGCCUCGUAUUCAUCAUUCGCCUCUUCUGUACUGUCAUUCGUAUUGUUAACCUCACUUGAACUGCCUCCUGUGUCUUAUCUUGUGUGGGUUGCUUAAAUCAUAAAAUACGAUUCGUGCAUGUAUCAAGGGCAUAUGAAUCGAUUUUAAUUGAUGUAAGUUGACCCCGCACCACUCUUUUACGGCAUUGCAUUCAGGCGCGUUAUACCGUAUUGUAUUUUUAUUAUGUGCCAGUACGUGAUAAAAGAAUCUCACCAAAG